CUCAUCUGUUUCCUAUCUGCAAGGUGCAAGGUAAACGCAGAUUCAAACUCAGCAACCUCACUCUCAUGUGUCGCAGAAGCCUUGCACUACGGAGGCUUUGUCAACGAUGCAGGUCAGCGACAACAGUGUGGAACGAGGAGGGAAAGAAGCCGUUUGGGUGCGAGGCUGGCCUCGAGAUUGAGAAAGGUGUUGCUAGGUUUUGUCGAGGCCGUGUUUGAGUCUUUGGGAAAGAACUCAGGGAAGAGGGAAAUGAGGGAAAAUCAUCAUUUAUCAAAAUGACAAAACGCAGCGUUCCACAAAAAUAGCGUUGUUUUGCGAUUUUUUUUAAUAAAAAAAGUGUGCAACUAGACCGGUCAUCGAUUUUGUCCAAAACCGGCUGGUUCACAUCGGGCCAAACCGGAUCAUAUGCAUUUCGAAUCCGAUAGCUCCCCCGUACCGUCCGGUUCCUGACCGAACUAGCCCGAUCGGCCGGGCCGGAUCGGUUUUCACAACACACCUAAUAAAUAGCCGAAUAUCCCAACCUGCCCCACUACUACUUAGUAAAAGUAAAACAACAGUGAAAAAGCGACGACGGAUUCUUCUGCUUUGUUUCCACUCUCUUGCUACUUUGCUCCGCCAACAUGACGGCGUCGCUCACGGAGCUUGACGACGAUUUGGUUCGAAGCAUGGCCAUAGGAGCCGUUUUCUCCGACUUCGGUGGGAUGAUACAUUCGAUUGAUUUCCAUCGAAAGGAUGAUUUACUUGUCACAGCUAGUGAGGAUGAUUCGGUGCGACUUUAUGACAUUGCUAAUGCUAAGUUAUUGAAGAGCACUUAUCAUAAGAAACAUGGUACUGAUCGUAUAUGUUUUACUCAUCAUCCAAGCUCUGUUAUAUGCUCUUCAAAGUACACUUUGGAGUCUACUGGAGAAUCAUUGCGGUAUUUAUCAAUGUAUGAUAAUCGCUGCUUACGAUACUUCAAAGGGCAUAAACAGAGAGUUGUUUCUCUCUGCAUGUCUCCAAUCAAUGAUAGCUUCAUGUCUGGUUCUCUAGACCACAGUGUUAGGAUAUGGGAUCUUCGGGUAAAUGCUUGCCAGGGCAUCUUACAUCUACGUGGUAGACCCGCUGUUGCGUAUGACCAACAAGGCCUGGUCUUUGCUGUAGCAAUGGAAGGGGGAGCUAUUAAAUUAUUUGAUUCUCGUUCUUAUGACAAGGGUCCCUUUGACACCUUUCUAGUUGGUGGUGACACAGCCGAAGUUUGUGAUAUCAAAUUCAGUAAUGACGGCAAAUCAAUGCUUCUGACUACUACUAAUAACAAUAUUUAUGUUCUUGAUGCAUAUGGAGGAGAGAAGCGUUGUGGAUUUAGUUUGGAACCAUCUCCUGGUACCCCAAUAGAGGCUACAUUUACCCCAGAUGGGAAGUACAUGGUGGCAGGAUCUGGAAGCGGAACCAUGCAAGUUUGGAGUAUUGAGACCAAAAAUGAGGUGGCAUGUUGGACCAGCCAUAUUGGUGUGCCUUCGUGCUUGAAGUGGGCCCCUCGCAGGGCCAUGUUCGCUGCUGCUUCAAGUGUUCUCACAUUUUGGAUACCCAAUAAUGAUUCAAAGCUGGAAACCCAGUAUGGUGGCACAGAUGCUGAAGCUGGACCUUAACCCUAACCACUUCUCCAUUAUAACUGAAUAUGCUGUUCCUCUCCCAGCCCAUCUACAAUUUUGUUUUGUUGUUGUAUCAAGAAACUAACUAACGCGUUGUGAAUUUGGUAAGCUAUACAUAGUUUUGAUACAUUUCAUGAAAAUUUUGAUGAUGCUCCAAGGAUGUUGUCAAUUGUAAAUCCCAUCACCAAAUGCAAUUUAUUUUAAAGUUUUAGCUACA